AUGAAUCCUUUUCCAGCUAUGAUGUUAGUGUCUACUAAAAAAACUCAAUCAAAAAAGCAUUCUGGCAGUAAACAAAAAUAUUAUCUUACAGAAUAUAUUAUAACUACCAAUGAAUAUGUUAAUCCUCAAAAACCAAGUGAUAAAUAUUGUUAUUGCCGUCCUUGUUUUGAAGCUUCAAAUUCAGACAAAUCUUCUUCUGAUGAAAAUAUAGUUGAAAAUAUAAUCAUUCCAGUAAAAGAUAAAACAAAAAUUGAUAAUUUUAUUGCUCGUACACUUACUGUUUCAGAACAAGCUCGGUUUAAAAAUCAAAUUUUAAAUAUUACUGUAGCAAAUGGUUGGUCAUUUCAAUGGGUAGAAGAUAAAAAUGCUAUUGCACAUUAUAAGUGUUUAAAUCCUAAUUUAUUAGCUGGACGUAUUUUACAAAAUGCAGUUAAAAUUAAUAAAUCAUAUAUUCAAGAUAAAGCAUGCAGUGAUCAAUAUGGAGUUAUGAUUGCUUUUGAUAGGUCAAUUUUAAUUACAUCAAGUUGUAAAACUUUAAUAUGGAAUGCAAUUGAUAUAAGUAGAUAUCAAAAAAGAUAUGAAGAUGUUAUGGAAAUUACUGAAAAAAUGUUCAAAGAAAUUAAUUUAUUAGAAGUAAAUAUAAUAGGACUUGUAACUGAUAGUGAUGCAGCUUAUGCUGCUUCAAG